AUGACCCAACACGUCCGAGCUGAUUGCGGGAUGUCCAAGAACAAAGAGCCAACCGUAAUGUAUGAGGACAAUGCUGCGUGCAUUGCUCAGCUCAAGGACGGUUACAUAAAAAGUGAUAGGACGAAGCACAUAUUGCUUAAGUUCUUCUUUGCUCACGAGCUUCAGAAAGCCGGUGAGGUCCAGGUCGUCCAAGUACGAUCAAGUGACAAUUUAGCAGACCUAUUCACCAAAGCACUUCCUACCUGCACGUUCAGGAAGCCCACGCAUCAGAUUGGAAUGCGUAGGCUGAAAGACCUCCCCUGA